AUGGCGCAGAGAGAGGACGAGCUACUUUCGUUAGACGAAGCAACCAGUUCGGUCGAUGCCCUGGUUUCCGAUGAACCACAAGGACUCUAUGCUGGAUCAGGGUUCGGCUUUGAUAUGGGAAUGACGCGAUCUGUACCUCCUGGAUUUGCCAUCCUCCCAGAAAUGGUAAAUUCUCCUAUAUCAGCGAUGGCAUCUCCGGCGUUGAGCCUACAUCGCCAAGCUGAAGCCGUAUCUACAUUGUUCAAGGCACCUCCUCCACCUGGUCUGGAGAAUGGUACUGUUACGCCAGUGCAGACUCCACGAAAAGUGAUUGCUCCUGGUUUGGAGGCGACGAAAAAUAGCAGGCCGUCUACGUCUGAAGCUAGGGUAUUAAAGCACAUGCCAUCGCAGCCUCAGUUUGAACAGCAGUCAGUAUCCUCACCCCCAGGAGAUGAGGACUUCCCUGCCUUGGGGUCGUCGCAGUCCAUCAAGGCUCGAACUCAGUCCCCUGCUAGUCCAGUCGUUCCAACCCCCAAACCCACCCCAGCGGCAAAGAAGAGGGCCAACAGAAUUGUUGACAAGGCUGCUAGCAGUCAUGAUCAACCUGCCUCCACGGUGUCGGACUCGAUCAAGAAGAGACCCUCCACUAUCAGUAUCCAGCCGCCGUCGGAUAAAUCCGUCCCAAGCCAUGAUUUUCAAGGCACGGAUAAGCCGGUUGAAGACUCACCGACCUUUCCUCCUUUACCAACGGCCACAGCUAGCUUUCCCUCGCCAGUCCAUCGAAGCGGACCCCGAACACUGCGACUUAUGCCGACUCCCAGGGCUCCAGAGUCUCCUGCACUGCCCUCCCCCGUACAGUCGGUGGCUUCCAAGGCUGUCUCUAUCUCGCAUAGACCAGACACCCCAGGAAGCGAGAUGAUUAGUGACACAGCUUCCAUAGUGUCUGCCUCCAUAUCAGCAUCCCGCGCAGGAUCGCCUCCGCCAAGCAAAGUUGGUUCUGCCGCCGUGCGAACUACUACAAAAAGCCAGCAACGCAAGCAGCGUAAGGAGGCUCUCAAGCAGGAGACGAAGAUUAUAGCCGAGGCAUCAAAGCCAGAGCCUGAGGAGCAUGCACCAGUCAUUGGCCGCAAGAAGAAACAAAAGAAAGAGAGGCCCGCCAAAGCGGUAGUUGCUCGAGAAAAACCCGAUCCUCCGACAACUUCAGCCUCUGAGCCUUCGAAGACCGAGCCAGAGAUGCCUGUACAGCAUGAAUCUGUGAAUGAUAAGGUUGUUGAAGAGACGGAUUUUAAAAGUAGGACGAUACAGAAAAGAGCAGCUAAGAAUAAAGACAAGGAAAUGGACAUGGAAAAGGGACAAGCAAAGUCACCUCCUACGCCAGCAUCAUCACCAACAGUGCCGUCAAAACUGGCGGAGCUUGGCAACUCGGUGCCCGCCGAGCCGAUUGAGUCAUCAGACCCGGCUGACAGACAGCAGUUUGGACCAGCCUCUGUGCUUCAAGAGAUCAAGAGCUCACUCUUGACUUCGGCUCUGGACAAGCUGCUGCUGCUCAGACUGGUCAGCAGCAGCUCGCUACGUGCUGAUCUUAGUCAGGCUGCUAAUGGCGCGAGCAAGUCAGUAUACUGCAAGGACUAUGCCUGCAAAUGUGGCGAGAUCCAGGACGAUGACCUCACAGCCCUUCGAGCAGGUAAGCCGGUUCGUAAACAAUUCCAUGUUGAUGGCAGCAGAAUGCUCAUCACACCCAAUGGGGAUUGCAUCCGCGGCUUGACACCCGAGCAAGAAGAUGCCUUCCUCGACCUGCAAGCCGCCAUCGCCAGUACGGCUGAUAAUCCAGGUGCCUUUGUGGCCCCGAGACAUCAGCCAGGUAGCGGAGCUUUUUCUCUCAUCAAGGGGCGCGCAGUUCCAAAUGGCCGUCCCAACAUCUUUCCCACCACAGCACAGCCCCAGUUCCAGGAUCCCAUUGGCAAACUACAGCGAGAAGAUGCCCUCAGCUACAUUAAUCAGUAUGUCCUGCCGCGCCUUAACUUGGAUGCUGCAAACAUGGGAUUCCCUAAGGGAGCAUCUCCACUUCGUGAUGCCGCGGCAGCUAGUCUUAACGCGCUGGCUCCCUACUUUUAUGGCCCAGAUGCGGCUGCUGGCGUGGGUAUUUAUAGUGCCCCUGACGGCGCGCGCGCCAUGCAGGACUUUUCCUCGUCCGGCGGCGCACCGGCUGCUGAUGCUAGCAAAAUCGGUCCUGCCAAUGGCCUUGGUGGUAUUUCUCUGAUGAGUGUCGAGGAUGCAGAGGUCCGUUUGGCAGCUUCUCGAAAGGAGACGGAGAAGUUGGAAAGGGGUCUGAAUGCUGUGAUUAAGCGGAACAGAAGACUUCUCAUUGGUGGUGGUAACUGA